AUGUCUGAGAUAUACAAAAGUUGCGUGUUAAACGAUAUACCUUGGCCAUGUAUUAGGCCAUUUGAUGAUGAUGUCCCCGAAGAAAAAGGAAGUGUGCUAAUUUUAUCAGAAAGAAGAUUGUACACAUCGGUUUCAAACGCAACGACUCGAUCAGAAAUAAAUUACAAGUCGAAAUCGAAAGAAUUGCUAAAUCAUUAUACGAAUUUAGAUCACAAAAGUAGAUAUUGCUACGGUUAUCGUCUUCACCAACUGGUGAAAAACUGCACUUUUAAUUCCACUUUCUGUCACUCUAGUGAUUUUUCCAUCUUUCAAACUAUCCAGUAUGGAAAUUGUUUCACAUUCAACAAUGCUCUACAGCAACAAAAUUCUUUCAAAGUGAUCAAAGCCGGACCAGAUACUGGACUCGAAUUUGAAAUCGACGCAAACUUAAACUCUUAUUUAGAUAUCACCCCAAGUGCGGGAAUUCGAGUUACCAUUCACAGUCCUUAUGAGAAUCCAAAUCCGGUUCAAGAUGGUAUUAAUCUCAGUCCUGGAUAUGAUACCCAAAUAUCCAUAUCAAAGUCUUCAGUUCAGAGAUUACCAGCGCCUUACAGAGAUCAGUGUCGUGAUUAUAAAGCUACUAACGAUAGCACAAAUUCUGCUGACAGUCAGUUCAAUUGUAUCCGUGAAUGUAUACAACAAACUAACCAAGAGUUAUGCGGCUGCAUUGAUCCUUUCAUUCCAACAAAACUUGAAUCGAAACCUUGUGAUCUACAGAAUCCGAGUCAGAUAUCCUGUCUUGAUAGUUUAGUUGAAAAUAUGAAUAAGAAUGGACUUCCAUGCCAUUGUCCUCUUCCCUGUUUGAGUACGACAUAUAAUCUCAAAAUUACAUCAACCAAGUUGGAGCCGAAAAGAAUGAAUUCGGUGUUUUCAUCUUUAGAAACAAACGAAGAUCCUCUGUGUGAUUGGUUUCAGAACUCUGAUAAUGAUAGUCGAUCAUUCCCACCGAUUCGGAAGAAAAAAUCUGCUAAAUAUUCUCCAACGGAAUCAAGAAUCAAGUUGAAAAUAUUUUAUGGAAAUCUAUAUCACACGAUAUAUGCACAAAAAGCUAUGUUUUCGGAUUCUGAAUUAUACGCUCAUUUAGGAGGGCAUUUAGGAUUAUGGUUAGGCUUGUCUCUGAUUGCUUUGCUUGAAUAUGUAGAAUACAUAAUGUUGCUAUUUCGUUUAUUUGUAAGGAGAAAGGCUGCUUAG